GACCUCCAGCAUUCCCUGCGGACUGAGGGGGUAUCAAGUCCAGGGUGACAGCGCCCCCUGUGGGCUGGGCCGGGUUGAACAUCAGCGCUCCUGCUCGCACCGAGGAUACGGGUGCCGGGCCCGGCGCUGAGUCGCCCGGCGCAGCCUGGGCCCGGCGGCGAGUAGCGGGGCCUGCUGAAAGCCCGCAGCUACAGGGAUGAGUAAACAGGAGGAGGCGGAUCGGACGAUAUUUGUGGGGAAUCUGGACAGCAGCACCCGGGAGGAAAUCCUGUACGAGCUCUUCCUGCAGGCUGGUCCUUUAACCAAGGUACACAUUGCAAAGGACAAGGAUGGCAGACAGAAGACCUAUGGGUUUGUCUGCUUCAAGCACACUGAGUCUGUGCCGUACGCCAUCACCUUGUUAAAUGGAAUCCGGUUAUAUGGCAGGCCGCUGAACCUACAGUAUCGAUCUGGAAGUUCCCACACAGCAGACCCCAGUGUGCCGUACCCAGGAGCAGACAGCACACUUUGUCGGACACCGCAAGACAACUGCAGGAGCCCUCAAUUCCCAGAUGGACCAAGUUCUUCGCUAUUUCUCACACCACCAUACUUGGUGAACAACAGCUUGAGCAACUCUGACCCCUACUAUUGGCAAGCUAUGAUGAAUUCCUACGCCCUGCAGCAGUAUCAUCUCCAUUCCCAGAUAUUUCAACAACAGCAAGGAUACUACCAGCCAUUUUCCCAGCAGGUCAGAGCACCGAUGCCCCAGAUCCCUUACUACAGCCAGUCACAGAGCUUCACGGCCAGGCCCUGCCCUCCUGUACAGGACAGCUGGCCGUCACAGGACCCCGACCACGGGAGUGGUCGCGACAGCGCAGGAGGCAGGAGUGUGGGUUCUGACACCGACAGUGAUAGCAGAGGCCAAGCGUUCCAGAGCUUUGGCAGGGAUGUGUACAGGAAGCACAAAUCCAAAAAGAAGAAAUACUGACAGUGGGAGAAGGGCCAGUCAUGGAGGAGGCACUUAAGCAAUCUAGCUGCUUCAACGGGCACUGACUUAAGCUAAACGUUCUGAUGUUGUUGGACUAGGUUGCAUUGGUUGUAUAGUACUGUGCAAAAGUCUUAGGCACAUAUGUAUAGCUAGGGUUCCUAAAACUUUUGAACAGUUCUGUACGAGGGCAGUGUUAAUUUGGCAAACGAGAGUGAGCAUCACUCACACGAACAGCCACAGUGUUGCUAUUGGCUUGAAGGGAAUCAUCUGGUAGGCCAGGCCACUCAUAUGGUGAAAUCACGUCUCCCCAGUCUUGGACCACAACUGGAAGUAUGUAUCGGAGCUGCAGUCUGCUGCUGUUAUUACGACUACCUUCAUGGGAGAGAUUUGAAUGAAGGAAUUUAAGAGCAAGAUACACAAAAUGCUAGAGAAACUCAGCAGGUCAAGUAGUAUCUACGGAAAUGAAUAAGCUUUUCAAGGCCAACACCCUUCAUCAGGACUCAUGAAGUCUCAGCCUAAAACAUUAACUGUUUAUUAAUUCCCAUAGAUGCUGCCUGACCUCCUGAGUUCCUCCAGCACUGUGGAUUUCUGCAUCUGCAGAAGCUCUUGUGUUUACGAGCGAUGCCGGAGCAGUGUGUUUUAGAUCUCACUUGCCCUUGCACUUGGCCAAGCAGAGGGGUAAAAAUGCACCUCUUCUGUGCGAUUGGUACUGUACGUUUGAAAGCACUGUGUACUGUGUCCUUGUCUGUCCCUGAUUCUCAGUACUUCCAUACUGCAAACACUGAACUGCCGGGUGUACUCAUUAAAUCUGAAUUAGCUGCAUGUUUGUCACCUUCAGAAAUUAAAUAUUAUUGAUCUCA